AUGAAGACUGAAGAUCAGUGGAACGCCAUUAAGCAACACGAUCUUCGAUGUUACGCCAACCCUCGUGGCGUGCUUCAAAAUGUUCGAAAGAAGGUGCUGGUGGCGGGUUUGAUGGCAUGGGACAAGGAACACGGCAAUGCGGAAGCAAACAAAAUGGAUCGAGAAGGCGAAAGACUUGUUGCGGAGAAAAACCGUGAUGAAGCAGCCGAAGAAGCAGCUGGAAAAGCAGUAAAACCAGGUAGCACAUCAAAACCAGUCACUGAUAAACGCAAAAGGCCCUCAGAAUCAACCACGGGUCCAUCAAAAAUCCAAAAGACGAAGGGAAUGGGCUCUUCAAGUGGAACAUUGUCUGGCAAGACGAUUGACACUCCGAAACAAACAGGCCAGAGCAAACCUGGAGCUGAUAAAAAGUAUAAGACGCGUUCGACUCGAAGCAGCAGACCAGGCAAAGGAACGUCGAGCACCACGAGCACUAUGAAGGGAACCUCCGCCGAAACCCCCGACACACCGCCUCCUCACAGCGAACCACCCUCCCCUACAGAGCCCACCAAAGAUCCAAAGACUCCCAUCGGCCCCAAGCUCACGACAAAGUCGCCCCCUGGCUCACCGGGUUCGUCUUCCUCCUCCUCCUCUUCCUCUGAUGAUGAGCCAGAGGACCAAGGUCCAAACGCCGACCCCGGCCGCUAUACCGACGAAGCAGACGCAGAGAAAUACCGAGCCGACCACCACGUUUUCGAGGAGGUGUAUUCGGAGACGGAGGAAGAGGAGGAGAACGUCCCCAUGAACGCACUUGGUGGGCCGGAGCGGGAGAAGCGCCGCAAGAAACAGCGUCAACGGAACGGUGAGCCGGAGCCAGAGGCGUGGGAUGGGAGUAGUAAUUAUCUGAAGGAGAGGAAGUGGUACAAGGAGGGUAUGAAUCUGGAUUGA